AUGGACGCCGCCUCGCCGCCGCCGUUGCGCAUCGUCAUCUUCCCGUGGCUGGCGUUCGGCCACAUGCUCCCGUACCUGGAGCUCGCCGAGCGCCUCGCCACGCGCGGCCACCGCGUGUUCUUCGUCUCCACCCCGCGCAACAUCAGCCGGCUCCGCCCGGUCGCGCCCGGGCUUGCCCGCCGCCUCAUCGACUUCGUGGCCCUGCCAUUCCCACGCCUCCAUGGCCUCCCCGAUGGCACCGAGGCCACCAGUGACGUCCCAGCCGGAAAGCUGGACCUGUUCUACAAGGCCUUCGACGGCCUCGCCGCGCCCUUCUCGGCUUUCCUCGACGUCGCCUGCGCCGCCGAUGCCGACCAUGACCACAACAAGGUGGACUUGCUCAUGGUCGACAGCUUCCAUUACUGGGCCGCCGCCGCUGCCGCAGAGCACGAUGUGCCCUGCGUCCUGUCCCUCAUCUUCUCAGCGACGACGUUAGCACAAUUCGGUGUGCCGCGUGUGUCUCUGCCGCCUGUGGCCGCAGAUGCCAUGCCACCAUCAAUACCCCAACGAUUCGCACUAACCUUUGAGAAAUGCAAGCUCGUUGCUUGCCGCAGCUGCGUCGAGCUGGAGCCCGAAUCCAUGGCUCUCCUCUCAAGCAUCUUUGGCAAGCCGGUGAUCCCUUUCGGCCUACUGCCGCCAUCUCUCCCAAUCCCAGUAGAAGGCCACAGAGGAGUAAACGGCGACAAUGGCAAGACGGCGCUACCGCUAUGUUGGCUCGACAGCCAGAAGCCAAAGUCUGCCGUUUUCGUCGCUCUCGGAAGCGAGCCUCCUAUCACCGUGGAGCAGCUGCACGAGCUUGCGCUUGGCCUGGAGCUCGCCGGGGCACCAUUUCUGUGGGCUCUCAAGGGACCUACCGGCAUCUCCGAGGCCGACGACAUCCUGCCUCCGGGGUUCGUGGAGCGAACACGUGGCCGCGGGCUCGUCGCCAUGGGCUGGGUUCCCCAGCUCGACGUGCUGGUUCACGGCGCCGUCGGCGCGUUCCUCACGCACUGUGGGUGGAGCUCCGUUGUGGAGGGUCUUGUGUUUGGGCAGCCGAUGAUAAUGCUGCCGUUUCUGGACGAGCAAGGGAUAAACGCGCGGCUGAUGGAGACAAAGCAGGUCGGAGUUCAGGUGCCGAGGUUUGGAGAAGACAGGUCGUUCAGUCGUGAAGGCGUCGCGAGGUCCAUCGGAGCUGUCAUGUCUGAGGAAGAAGGUGGGAGGGUCCUUGCGGCCAAUGCGAAGAAGAUGCAAAAGAUUGUUGUUGGAGAUGAGAAGUGCCAAGAGAGGUAUAUGGACGAUUUUAUUCGAUUUAUCAGAACGCACAAGGACUAA